AUUGUGAUUAUUGUAACAUGUUUAUGUUUCUCAGCUUUGUUCUCCGGUCUAAACUUAGGUCUUAUGGCUUUGGACCGUACUGAAUUAAAAAUAUUACGAAAUACUGGCACGGAAAAAGAAAGAAAAUAUGCCGCGAAAAUUGCACCUGUCAGAGAUCAAGGCUGUUUGUUCAAGACACGGUUUAGCUAUUGGCGCUAAAACUAUAUUGAUUACCAAAACGGUAAUGGCCAUAACAGCUCCUCUAUCAUAUCCAAUAUCUCGUGUUCUAGAUGCAAUAUUGGGUGAAGAGAUUGGUAAUGUAUUUAAUCGUGAACGUCUAAAGGAACUUGUUCGUGUUACAAACGACGUAAAUGAUUUGGAUAAAAAUGAAGUGAAUAUUAUUUCCGGCGCAUUGGAGUUGCGUAAGAAAACUGUCGCCGAUAUUAUGACUCAUAUAAAUGACGCCUACAUGCUUUCACUGGAUGCCGUGCUAGACUUUGAGACUGUAUCUGAUAUUAUGAACUCUGGUUAUUCGCGAAUUCCAGUAUACGACGGGGAUAGGAAAAACAUUGUGACUUUGCUCUAUAUUAAAGAUUUGGCAUUCGUAGAUACUGAUGAUAACACGCCGUUAAAGACACUUUGCGAAUUUUACCAAAAUCCAGUUCAUUUCGUUUUUGAGGAUUAUACUUUAGAUAUCAUGUUUAAUCAGUUCAAGGAAGGCACGAUCGGUCACAUCGCAUUCGUGCAUCGUGUUAACAAUGAAGGCGACGGUGAUCCGUUCUAUGAAACCGUUGGUCUUGUUACAUUGGAAGACGUCAUUGAAGAGCUCAUUCAAGCAGAAAUAGUCGAUGAAACCGAUGUGUUCGUUGAUAACCGUACAAAAACUCGACGCAGUCGUUAUAAGAAAGCGGACUUUUCUGCGUUUGCUGAACGUCGCGAGGCGCAAACUGUUCGCAUCUCUCCUCAAUUAACAUUGGCCACAUUCCAAUACUUAAGUACAGCAGUGGAUGCGUUUAAAAAGGAUGUCAUUUCAGAACCAAUCUUGCGGCGAUUACUUAACCAAGAUAUUUUCCAUAACAUCAAAGCAAAGGGAAAACCGAAAGAUGAUCCCAGUCUGUUCAUAUUUACACAGGGAAAAGCAGUUGACUUUUUUGUACUUAUAUUAGAGGGUCGCGUAGAAGUAACGAUUGGCAGAGAAGGUCUACUUUUUGAUAGUGGUCCAUUUACUUACUUUGGUACACAAGCAUUGGUACAGAACGUAGUUGUUGACUCACCAACUCAAAUGGGAUCUAUGCAGUCGUUAAAUAUGGAUUCGAAAAUCCGACAAACUUUCGUUCCAGAUUACUCUGUUCGUGCUGCUACAGAUGUGAUAUAUAUUGCAAUUAAGCGUAGCCUCUACCUAACUGCGAAAAAAGCAACGUUGUUAGAAAAGAGCCGUAAGUCGGGCACAUUCUCAAGUGAAACAAUCGAUGACGAAGUUGAACGGUUGCUUCAUUCCGUAACUGAAGAUGAAAAGCCUCGAUUCCUGUCAGCGAGGCGAUUAUCUAAGCCUAAUCGAAGUGUAACAUCGUCACCCACUAAUAAUACUAUAUCUCAAGAAGAUCGAAGUAAUAGUGCUAGUGGUCCAAUCCAAGCUAGUCAUAAAAUUGGGCCCGAACGAACUGAAGAUGGUUCAUUCAGUAGUUUGGUUACCUCGGAUGUUGCAGGGGAUCUUCAGAAUGGAGAAAACGAUGACAGGGAUGGAACAGCGGCGUUAGCACCGCUCUUACCAAAACCGGAGGACAACAACGAAUCCAGGCAAAGCAAGCCACAAUAACGACCGUCUGCAAACUAUCCUUCACUGGAGAUCUAGAUGUGCAGAUUAAAUUGUCCAUACUAUUUUUUUUAAAUUCACAUUUGCUCUAACGUAUAGCCGACAUUAGAUUGUGUUUCCUUAAUUAUUGUUGAGCUUGCACUACAACUUGCAAUUUUAAUAGAAUAUUGUUUCUAUAAUUUUGUACAACUCUUAGAGAUAAACUUUUGUGUACAGCAAAUUAAU